AAUGAAUGUAGUUACAAGAUAAUGUCAAGUCAGAUUUAUAUAAAAUUAGAAAUUAAUAUCUUUUGAUUAAUGUUUUACUCAAUUUCUAUUAUGAGAAAAGUAUUUCCACUAACGAAAUGGAUGACUUUAUUAAACCUCGAAAAGUUCCGCCACAAAACAUAGUAAUAAGACUAUUUAAUCGACAAACGUAUGGUUACAAAAAACCGGGAACUCAUUACUACCAAGUGCGGCAGUUUUAUCAAAACGUCUUCCCAAAUUUCACUGUGGUAAACGUAGAAAAACCACCGUGUUUUUUAAGAAAAUUCAGUCCAGAUGGAAGGCAUUUUAUAGCGUUUUCCGCAGAUCAAACUUCCUUGGAGGUGUAUAGUUAUCAAGGACCAGCUGUUGCUUGCGAUUUGCUGCAACACGUUCAUUGUAGAAGUGAAAAAGAAAAGUUUGAGAGUAAAAGUAGUAUAUUUGAACGAUUUUUUCAAUUAAAACAUGUGGUUAAUGUGUGUCAGAGUUCCGAACAGUUAAAUAGAGAGUGUAGUUUGUUUAGUGAUGAUGGUCGAUAUGUUAUUAUAGGAUCUGCUAGUUAUAUUCCCGAAGAUUUAAGACCUCAUUUUUAUGAAGUUUACACUAAUAAUGAAUCUGUUACACCAAAUCCUAGAUCACCAUUAGAAGAUUAUACCUUACAUUUAGUUGAUUUAAAAGCUGGAAGGCUAUGUGAUACACGCCGUUUCAAAGUUGACAAAAUUUUUUUGUCACACAAUCAGGGAUUAUACCUUUACAAAGAUACAUUAGCUGUCCUCUCGGUGCAACACCAAGUAAUUCAUAUUUUUCAAAUUCUUGAUGGAAUGUUUGUCGAUGUACGAAAAAUAGGAAGAUUUUGUUUUGAGGAUGAUUUGUACUUUUACAACUCAGUUUUUCCAACGGAACGAAAAUUUCGAGAACCGUUUAUAAAUACGUUAAAACAUCGAUUAUUGGUAUUUUUAUACAAACGAGCUAAAUGUAUAACUUUAGAUACAAAAAACCCAUACGAAUUAAGAAAAUUUUAUCAAUAUUUCGAAAACUUUAAAAGUUUACGGUUAUGGAAAAUGCAACUUUUAGAUGAAGACCAUUUGCUCAUGAAGUAUGCUAGCGAAGAAGUUGUUACCCAAAAAUCUAUAGAUGCGAAUAGUUUGCCGUCGUUUUUUGUUGUUUAUAAUAUGGUUGAAAGUAAAAUUUUGGCGGUUUAUGAAAAUACUUCGGCCGCUUUAUUAAAAUUAUUCGAAGAUUUUUGCGAUUAUUUUCGAAACGCAAACAUUUUUAAACAAGUUCAAUUCACGUGUAGUCCUUCCAAUAAUAUUUAUGCUAGAUUAAUUCAAGAAAGGUUUCAAAAGACAAUCGUCAGUGCGAAAUUUGGCGGGGAAACCGAAGCCACAAAAAGAAUUCUUGCACAGUUACCAAUUAGUUCACAAUCAUACAACAGUUCGCCUUAUUUGGAUUUAUCACUUUUUAGUUACGAUGAUAAAUGGGUUUCUGUUAUGGAGAGACCAAAACCUUGCGGAGAACAUCCAAUUAGGUUUUAUGCCCGUGAUUCGGGGUUUUUGAAGUUUAAAAUUUACGCGGGGAGCUUAAAUAGAGCUCAAACACCACCAGCUAGAAGAUUGGUAGCUUUUACGUUCCAUCCAACUGAUCCAUUUGCAAUUUCCGUUCAAAGAACAAACAUGGAAUAUGUUGUUAAUUUUCAUAUAAGAUUAGAUAGGAGGGAAGAUUGUGAAAUGAAUGAAAAUGAAAAUGUUUUAACGUUUCAAUAAUGAAUCAAUAAAUAUUUUUUUUU